UAGAAACUUUCGAUAAUAGUCAUUUGUGCAAUCGCUGCACUGCAUAACCUUUAUCUUGUGUCGUGAAAAUAAAGAUACGUCAUAUGCUCUGUAGAUAAUAGCGUAUAUAUGGCCUUGUAAUAGGCUGCUACACUAUAAUAGUCACCGAUUUGGUUUGAGAACCACUGGUGGUAUCAGCUGAUCCGAAUGUAAACAAAGCAUCUGACGCACAAGUGCGCAAGAAUCGGUCACGUUUCCAUGCGCCGGCUGGAAGACGUCGCGUUCUGCUGGAAUCCGCGGGAUGUUUGGAAGUUGAAUUGGUGGAUUCUCAUAAAGGCCCAGCUGUGACACCAUGAGUUUCCACCGUUCCGAGCACCUGGUGACUGCGUUCCUCUGCAUCAGUGGCGCUGCCGAGAGCUGCGUGCUGCCAUUCCUCUGCCUCCAUCUCAGCCAGCUGGGUGUACCGCCACUGCAGACCGGCCUUGCUGUGGCAGCUCUGCUCCUUCUGCGGGGUCUUGGCGGUGCGCUGUGGUGGCGUUCACUGCGUGGAGGACGACGGACGGGUCGGCGGCGCCUGGCCGCCGCUGUGGGCGCACUCUGCUCAGCAGCAGUCCUCUGUGCCCUGGCAGCGCUGCCGCCAUCUGUAGGAUGUGGAGACGAUGGAGGUGUAGUGGUAGAACACGCAUCCUCCCUGCCAGGACUGAGACCACCAGCGGACAUCGUCCCAGCGGCAGGACUCGGCCAGGGGACAGACGAAGCAACCGGGAGCGGUGGGUCAAGUUGGAGUGGUCUUCCCUCAUCACCAGACGACUCACGACCUACAAGUGACGGUGGUGAUGGAGGAGCCUUUCAUCCGCCGCCCGUCGGCCAAGGAAGUGACAGCCCCUGGUCAGAGAGCAGUGGCAUGCCUCAGCAUCAGUCUGUCGGCAGUCAAAGCAGUGGUCACCAGCGGCCAGAAACCAGCGAAACCAGCGGCUACCAACGACCAGAGACCAGCGAAACCAGUGACCAUCAUUGGUUGGAAACCAGCGAAAGCAGCGAGCAUCUGCGACCCGAAACCAGCGAAACUAGCGGACAUUAUCAACCCGAAAUCAGUGAAACUAGCGGACAUUAUCAACCCGAAACCAGUGAAACGAGUGAACAUCAUCGACUCGAAACUAGUCACACUAACUGGGACCAUGAACCUGAAACUAUCGAAACCUCGAGUGUAAAUCGACCGACUAACAGUGGUGUUACUGGGGAGAAUCGACCGACCGAUUUCGGUACCAGUGUAGACAAACGACCAUCGCUCAGCGAAACGAACGUACAUAAUCGACCAGAACAAAGCGAAACUAACGAACAAAGUGAUUCAUCGACGCUAGUUCAAACGACCGAAGCUAGCCAGGCGACAGACUCUCACAAACCUCAUCGAACAACCUCCGAGAUUAGUGACCAGCUGUCACCGUCUCCCUCUACUGCUGUGGAGGGGCCCCCUCUUCCUUCGGCGCAGUCCGGAGUCAGUUCUUCAUCCGUGGAGGGAGAAACGGAUGGCAGCCCGCGGCCGGAGCGAGUGGAGGGGUCGCAGAAAGGGACGGGAGACAGAAAAACAGGAAAGGAAGGUGUUGAUGAAUGGAGUGAGGGUAGCCAAGCGCAUUCGCCGACGGUGGUGAAUGUACCCAAACUGAAACCACAGCGUCAUCAUCCGAAGCAUGAUAAUACUCAGAAGAGGCCUGGUGGCUCCCAAACCGUAUCUAUUCAUGCUCACGGCGCCGAUGGUUCUCAAGGUAAAGAGAUCAGUGGCCCACAAACCGAGGAUGACAGUGGGAUACAUAUGAUCCCAGGGACAGAUCAUCAUACUUCUAACGUUCCCCCAGCCGUCACACCGUCCGCACAGAAACCACCGCCCUCUGGCUCUCAAACUCCAGGGGAGAGCCGCCCACCUGUCCAUCUUAGCGGUCACCAGACUUCAUCUGUAGUUGAUGCUUUAUCUCUGGAAGAAGAUGAGACGGAAGUUCGACGGACAACUCGUUCGCCGCCCCCUCUGGAAUCUGAUGAAAACGGCAGUCGUGAGGAUUCCGAGUCAGGUCAAGGAGAGUCAGAGUCUGAUGUGUUUGGCGAAGAAACAGAACCUGUGAGCAGUGGUGAUAAUAAAUAUCAUAAGUCUGAUGAGUUUCAUCAGUCCGAUAACCAUUUACCACCUAGUCCAGGCUCAGGUCGAGACAGCAGUGAACUCAAUACUGUUACUUCAAACCUCAGCAAGAAACAGGGGCGACCGGACAAACCCGAUCAGCUGUUGCCUGUUGCACCACCGCACUCAUACUCAGGAGACGAGCGUGAUGACCAUCACAUAGAGAGACAGCAUCCUAACCAGCAUCACCGCCAUCUCGUUACUGAUGAUGAAGCAAACAACAAAAGCAAGGACACUGGACGACAGCCCUCAAUUGAUGGCAUGAAAUCUCCAACGGUUGGCAUGAACUUCCCUCACCGUGAUGAUAACGAACACCACCGCACGGCCUCUCAACAACGUCCUACAUCUGACUCUUCACCUAGCCGCGACUCUGGUUCCUCUGAUGUCCUGAAGCCUCACCCAUCUGUACAGCGUCCGCCCGUUCCGCCGCUGUCUGAAGAAAGCGACAAUGAAGCACAGCCCUGUGUGGAGCUGUCCCAGAUUGAGAUUCCGUGGGAUCCUCGCAAACACCCGGGCGGACUGACUAUAUGUGACCCGUCUAAGCCUGAGACAGGUCAGAGAAGAGGUGAGGGCUCGGGUCAGCCGCCAGGAGUUGAUAGAGGAAUGCUGCCAGGAGUGGAGACAAGACAGCAGACCGAUCGCCGCCAGGAGCAUGGGUCAGAUCAUCAGAGGACGCACUCGGUACAGCGUCAUCGUGCUCCUCCUGCUCCCCCGCCGCCUCCGUCGGGCAAUCGUGAUCUCUCUGACCUCUCCCCGACCAACCGUGACCUCUCUGACCUUACUCCAACCAACCGCGACCUAUCUAAACCAGUCCCUACCAUUCAUAACCUACCUGACCUUUACGAAGUCAACCACAACCUCCCUGAACCCGCGCCCACUAGAGGUCAGCCGGGGCCACCCUCAGGUCAUGACCCAGGCCGUAGCAGACACCGAGCGGCCGGCUGGCGUCGUGUACCCAUGUGGUCUGGAGAUGACCAAACUCCCGAUCAUCCUCACUCGGUGGUAUCGGGUCCGGAACCCCCGACACAGCCUCCGCCAAUAGUGCUGGUCCUGAGGGGAACCGACUCAGACUCUAGCGGGGAAAGGAAGAAUUACAACACACUUGAUUUGACAAAAGAUGCUGUUGAUCUCAGUAGCGUGAUUUUGAGACCCCAAGACACUCUUCCUUUGUUGAAUACUGCAGAAAAGGUACAGCAGAAUCACAACCGUGCCAAGACUCGAGUUGCGAGUGAAAGUAGACGUGAGUUUGAAGAUCGAGAUGGGAGUGAGAGCGGACUGGGGACUGAAGAUAGAGACCGUGGUUCUGAUAUGGCCCGACGGCCUGUGCUGGCUACCAGACCUCACCGACUCGAGAAACAGCACUAUGAGUCCAGAGACCCAAAUGGUGAAAUAUCGAGCCCAGUGAACCCGUCUGUGAGUGGUCCUUUGGCAGUGAUCGGAGAGAAAUUGGUGACGGCUGACGAGUCCCUGAACUCUGGUGGUGGUUACGAACCGCAGAGUGCUAGUAAGACCGAAAGCCGUGAAGCUGUUCUCCCUACUGAAGCAGACGAGGUUGACCGGUCUCGUGGUCAGAGUUCUGACGUGAGGCCGCCUGUUGAUGCUGGAUCACGUGAUCAAACCUUUGAUGUGAGGCCGUCUGCUAAGCUUGGGUCACGUGACUUUCCGCGCACGGUUGACCCGAGUGGUUGGUCUCGCCGACAGUUGCCUGGCAGAAUGGAGGACUCUUCCGAGCAGGGCUCUGAGAUGCAUACGACACAUCAUGAGACUGAAGAUAGAGGAUAUCCAGACAGUCAAAAGAGAGUGAAGUCAGACAUCCAAGACGGAGAUAUUCCGCUCACUGGAGUCAAAGACCUCCCAGACAGCGAUGCAGACAGUCGUAUUUCUCCAGGUGGGGCUUUCCAUUAUUACCAACGUCGGCCUAUCGAUAGAAAAACGCAGCACCAUGACGGUCGUCUUCCUUCUCGACGGCAUCCAAACGGCGACCCGAGACACUACGAAUUGCAGCCGCGACCAGCAGAUGACAGCCCAACCAUAGAACCCACGACCGGCUGGAGCUUGACAAGCGCCCUGCACCGGUUGGAAGACUUGUCUCCGACGUUGAAUCGUCUCCUCUCUGGUGGCAAACGGAGACGGGAGACACGUCAGCGGAGACGAGAGACAAGUAGGGGACGGUGGCGGGAGGGAGACCGCAGGCGCCGGAGGAGACGGUAUAAGAGGAGUUUGCUUAGUGGACUGACAAGCUGGAAAGAUUUACGAGAAGAUGACACCGAGAAAGACACACGACAGGAAGAACUGAACAACCGUUGGGAGGUGGUCAGACGUGUGCCAGAACAAAUGAGACUAGAGAGGAAUGCGGAUAAUAGAGAAGAAGCUGGAGUGCCUGCGAGAAGCCAGUUCCAGCUGAGAGCUAGGCCUGCUUCACGAUACCUUCGUGCUGAGAGCGGUGAGGCUAAAGGCUGGAACUACAACUUCUCCAAGUCGUUAGAGAGGCAGCCACAGCUUCCUCAAAUCCGCUCAGGCCGAGAUCUGCGCUCCGUCCCCUCUGCACCCACCUCACCCCACCCGUCUCCUCUCGACCCGUACCUUCUCUUCCUCAUCACACUAGCUCUCCUCAGUCUCUGGGGGACGGCCGGCGCUCCCCACCGCCGUCUCGUCCUCCACUGCUGGCGGCACGCUCUGGACGAGGCCGAACACCUCGAGCGUGUGGAGCGGCCCCGUCCAGCUGCCGAGGCGGCGGCGGCCGCGCUGCUGGCCACAGCUGCUGGGCUGUGGCCGCUGCUGCCCAGCUGUCUGCCCGCUGGCCGGCAGCCGCUGGCCGCCCUGAUGGCGCUGGGAGCCGCGCUGACACUGCUGGGUGGACUGAUGGUCCCCUGGCUGCCGAUGGUAGCUGGAAAGGAGCCGCCGCCGCGGACCGCAGCAGUCCUCAGGACACUGGUGUCGAGCCGCAGCUCUCUCCUGUUCACCAUAGCCGUAUUCGUCACCGGCCUCCUGACAUCGGCCGAGUUCCACUUCCUCUUCCCUCUGACUGCCACCUGGCGGCCGGCGCCGAGAGCUCUACUUCUGCUGGCGGCCGCCGCGGCGCUGGCGUCGCGUCUGCCGGUCCGAGCGCUGUACCGACCGCUGAUGGUCCGCUGCGGCUUUGUCGGCUCCGUGGUGCUGUCGUUCACGGCGCUCUCCACCAGAUGUCUCUGUUACGUGUGCAUUCCGACCGGCUGGGCGCUGGUGGCCGCUCAGCUCCUGUCGGGGCUCACUGAGACGCUGUUCUGGCGAGCCGCGCACGUGUUUGUCGACAAAACGACGCACGAUGACUACCAUCAGAGCACGCUGGCUGUUCUGGAGGCUCUGUACGCCGUAGGUCGUUGCUGUGGUGUAUUGCUCGCCGGAGCUGCCUUCUCGACUGUCGGAGGGACGGCUACGUUCGCAGCGCUGGCCACCGUGGCCUCAGCCGCCGCCCUGGGGUACUAUGUGGCCGCCAGGUUCUCUGGCGACGCACCCGACCUUACCUACUCCAAACUGCCGUGCGAAGACGGCGCCGAGACAACGGCGCUUACUGGGGUGUGGUCACGUGACACAGAUGACCUGGACGAGGUCACUGACCCGCCCCCGGCGCCCGGCGCCGAUCAGGAUUGGCUGGAGCGAGCCAUGCGUCAGGAGGGACUGCUAUAGCGCAGCGCGCCUCUACUGCCAUCAAGUGAGCGGACAGAGAACUUGUACCUCCUCCGGGCGCCGCCAGACGCUAUGCGUGCUGUGAUGAGUGCGACAUCUGGUGGGGACAUGAUAAGCCAUAGUUCUGCGGUGGCGCCACUGCUCGUCAUUCCAUCUCCAUGGCAACGCUUGUGAGCAGAAGACGCCGGUAAACAACUGUUGUGAUUCGUUGUCAACAAGGGAGCCCCACUGCCACGUGCCACCAUUCACAAUGGUUAUGUGACUUAUCACAUCAUUGAGGGCGCUAUAGACUCGAGAAGCUAAAGUGUGCGCAACGCUAUUGGUGGCGGAAUUCUCACAAAUUGGCCGAGUGAACAGAUCACUGCUGCUAUGCUGGUGGUGGUAUUCAUGGAUACGCUCGGCUGUAUAUUUGACGGCAGACAACUGAGCUUGUGCUGACGCGUCUUAAUCCCAUCUAUUUCGUGACUUUUGUCUGAACCAUGCGACAUCUAUUGAAAUCUUUGGUUUGUUUAAAUCGAAUGCAGUCUUGUUCUGUCUUUGUUUUGUAUUUUUGCUUACACUGUGUGAUUGUGUGAGUUGUUUUAUCAUUUAUCGUUUUGAUCGACAUGUUAGGGUCUUUCUUGGGGUUGGGGAAUCAUUUUCUAGUCGUGAAUACGUGCCCAAAUCGCGAUGUUGUUUCUAUGUGUGCGGAUGUAUCUUUCCGAAUGACACGAGUGUAAGGCUAUCGUAUUGCUUUUGCGAUCUUUUUUCUCAACGUGGUGACUAUCGCGUGCUAUUAAGUUUUCACGAAGGCAUUCGGAGUCUUUUUUCGAAACGGUGAUGACGAUUGACGACGCUGUCACAUGACUAGGCGUUGUCUGCAUGUAUUGAAUCACGUGCUGUGUGCUGUGCUUGAUCGCAUUGGGCUAGGUAGCUGUGUGGGAGCCUGGGGCUCGAUUUCAGACACGAAGACCGCUGCAUGUCGUACGAAAUAUACCGAUAGAUUCGA